UGCAAGUAUAUUUAAGAACUAACAAACAAAACAAUUUUUGUUUUUGCUUAUAACAGGAGCAGAGAGCAGAAGUAAGACAACGAUGGCAAGAUGCACUUUCUUGGCGGGACUUUGUUUGUUGUUAUGUCAUUUUGGUGCAGCUUCUCAGCUUAUUUGCUACUUUACAAACUGGUCCCAGUACAGACCUAAUGAUGGGAAAUAUCUGCCUGAUAAUAUUGAUCCCUUCUUGUGCACCCAUCUGAUCUAUGCAUUCUCUAUCAUUAACAAUGCUAAUGAGUUGUCCACUUAUGAGUGGAAUGAUGAGACUCUCUACAAAUCUUUCAACGGUCUGAAGCAAAGAAAUCCCAAUUUGAAAACACUUUUGGGUGUAGGAGGAUGGAACUUUGGUUCUACUCAGUUCUCUACCAUGGUGUCCACCCCAGAGAACAGACAGACCUUCAUCCAGUCCUCUAUCAGCUUCCUGAGAACUCAUGGCUUUGACGGGCUGGACCUGGACUGGGAGUAUCCUGGAUCCCGUGGAAGCCCCCCCGAGGACAAGCAGAGAUUUACUCUGCUCUGUAAGGAGCUUGUGCAGGCCUUUGAGGCUGAAGGUAAUGCUACUAGUCGCCAGAGGCUAAUGCUCACAGCUGCAGUGUCUGCAGGAAAAGGAACUAUAGACACUGGAUACGAAAUUGCUGAAAUCUCCAAAUAUCUGGACUUCAUCAAUGUGAUGACGUAUGAAUUCCAUGGGGCUUGGGAGAAUGUCACUGGACACAACAGUCCUCUUUAUCGUGGUUCUCAGGACAAGGGAGAUUUUAUCUAUUUUAACACUGAUUUUGCAAUGAAAUACUGGCGGGAUCAGGGUGUCCCAGUGGAGAAGCUAAGGAUGGGUUUUGCCACAUAUGGUAAAACGUUCCACCUGAAAUCUACACGCAGUGAUGUGGGUGCUCCAGUGAGUGGGCCUGCUUCUGCUGGGCCCUACACCAGAGAGGCAGGAUUCUGGUCCUACUUUGAGAUCUGCAACUUCCUUCAUGGAACCAGCAUACAAUGGAUUAAAGAUCAGAAAGUACCUUUUGCCACCAAAGGAAAUGAAUGGGCUGGCUUUGACAACAGGGAGAGCUAUGAAACAAAGGUGCGCUACCUAAAGGAUAAUAAGUUCGGAGGGGCCUUCGUCUGGGCUCUGGAUUUGGAUGACUUUGCAGGGAAGUUUUGUGGGGAGGGAAAGUACCCCCUCAUUAGUCACCUCCAGAAACUCCUAAAUAUUGACGUGCCGCAUGUCCCACCAUCUUCUACCUCUCAGCCUGGGAAGGAUGGGUCCUCAGUUACUCCAUUCCUGACAUCUGCCCCACCUGCUUCACCAUCUCCACCACCAGCCACUGGCUCCUGUGCAGGCAAGCCUAGUGGUAUCUACCCUAAUCCUGAUGACCGAAAAUCCUUCAUCUUUUGUUCUCAUGGAAAGAAAUACACACAGUCCUGCCCUGUAGGGACCAUCUUUGACCCUUCUUGCAUGUGCUGCAACUGGUCUUAGAAAGCCAGAAGAUUUUAUAUUUCUUUAGAUGUCUUGACAAUCAUUUGUAUUAUUUCAGAUUAAGCAAGUAUCAAAUAUAUGAAUACCAAAUAAGCAGAAUCAAUCAAAGCUACUCCUUUACAGUAUAUUUGAGUGUGUUAUAAAACAUAGAACAGUGUUGUACCUUGACAGCAGAGUUUAACUUGGUUAGAGCAGUAGUUCUCAAAAUGGAUUCCAUGUCAGGAUUCUUCAUUGCCAUAGUUACAUAAGCAUAUGUUCAGUUCAGAUUAAUAGCAGCACAUUAAAAUUGAUAAUGAGACUUUGGGUUCAGACUCUCAUUGCUCACUGUUGUAAAUGCUGGAUUUAACUUUAAAUGUACCACACACUGAACUGUAGCCAAACAGGGUGCACUGGAGAAUCCUUUAACCUGCACAUGGGAAAUUGUGUGAACUAUUUAUAGUUAACCUUUGUUUAACCUUUGAUUUUAUAUAAUUAAUGCCAUAUUUACUGGCAUGUUAUAGUGGUAAUGUAAUGGAUAAAUCCAUUUUUAUCCAAAUGACACAAAAUAAAGUGCAAAUGUUUUCAUAGCAUGACAAAUUUUAAGUUUAGAAAUAAGUUGAAACAUGGCAAAGUGGUUGAGUAAGCCAAAGGACUGUUCUAUGGAGGCCUAGCAAUGGGGGUGUUCACAUGACAUCUUUUCAAACUCUUCAAAGCAUGUUUCUUUUCAUAGCUGUCUAUGGAGACUGAUGCGAGUUCCUCUAGGUUGCACAAUACAUUGAAAAAACAUUUUGUGCUGAGCAUCACAAAGGAACCUCACCUACCACUGACCAAUCAAGACAGAGAAUGCAUUUUCUCUACUCAUGCAACAUGGAGCAAAACCUAGUUUUGGAUGUUUUUAAACACCUGAACAGUAUAACACUCAAAACAAAGAUUAAAACAAUUUAAACAUGAAAAACAGAGGCUACAUUAGUUUACUGACCAUUUUGAUCUUUUUGGCAGUUUCUCAGUCUAGUUUG